AUGUUGAACGAAUGGUUGCAUCGAAGAGAAGAAGAAGUUCAUACAGAAGGUCUUCAGCAAGGUCGUUUAUUAGCAAUCGGAAUUUCCAACCCUUACCCACCGGGCCCGUACAUAGACAUAACCGGACCCUUGCGGCUUGGGGAGGGAACUGAUGACCCGCCUUCCGUUAGCACGCGGCGUCAUUGGCUUGUUGGAGGGGCUCGACCGAUUCUCACCUGCCAUAUGGCCUCGCCCACCGGAGCCCCACUUUACCUUACCACCAGGGCUUUAUCUUACCGUGCCACAUCACCUCGCGUUUUUGGAGGUGUUACACAUCGUCUAAUAAUGGAUUACAUUGUCAUCCCCAACUUUGCUUUAUUGCGACACGUUACUAUGAUAGUAAGACUCAAGACGGAAGUGACCUCAAGUUGUUGUCAGCCACAAGUGCAUCCUGUCAAGGGUUGCUCCAAUGUUGUGCACCGGCUAUCGAGUUGUGAACAAUGCAUUAGGACCAGAUUAAAUAAAAAAUACAGUGACUGUGAUAGUGAAUUAGUGGAUAACACAUUACCUUAUAAGACGAGAGCGGCGAAAAGUAGGUACGUCAACGCCUGCGCGGCAGUGUGCCUGCUAUUGUUGGUCGGAGGGCUCACCCCACAGUCAUCGGCGGCACCGCCCAGGAGCCGGAGAAUGGCCAGUCAGGAGGAGAACCCUUUAUGGGGCAACCCUUGUGACUACAAUGAGUCUGAUAUAAAAUCAAAGCUAAAAUACGAGCCAUCUCUUGCUGGGAAAGUCGUGGCACAAGCGAGUAAUACUCUUUCAAAAGCGAAGGCGUACAAAAACGAAGUAGCAAGUCUACACGAUUUUUCAAACUUCGAGGAUCUGCUAGGAGAAUGGAACACGACUCAUUGGUUACGUGCUCGUCCUUGGCAUAUUCCAGAAGUUCUGCCCCCGGAAAAAGAGUACGGGACAGAGGUAGAUGAUGACUACCUCACUAAUUUGAUGAAUGAUAUAGACAAGACGUUGCCGACGAUGGGCAAGUCCUUAAAGCUGUUAGUUGCUGGCCUGCGGAAGAUCGGCGAAUACCAAUUGGUGGAUAACAAUAUCGCCGACGACUCUUUGCAGAGGAACUUCACAAAUACCAGUUCCAACGUACGGGCCGUUCUCUGUUACUUCAGUGACGUGAUGAGAGCGCGAGAAUUGGAAAUGCCCAAGCUUCUUGACUCUGACAUACCAGAGUUCAAAUAUAAGGAUAGACUUACAAAUGCUUUGCUCGUCUACCGAGACACCAUCAACUAUUUAGAGUAUAUCACACAGGUGUUCGACAAAAUGAACCAGACUCUUAAUGAAUAGUUUACAAUAUACUCUCUGGUUGUGUUAACUAGAAUUCUAAGACCGCUUGUGAUGAGCCAAGGUUUUAAGCGCACAUGUCGUUUAGGGUCUUCCAAUGACAGCGUGCGGUGUGUGAAUGAUUUAGUUUUAUUUAAUCUAUUUAUUUUGACGUAAUCGCGAUGAUAUGUACGGGCUUUAAUGUACUCUUUUAAAGGAAGAGCUAUGUGCAGCUUGCCGUCAUGAGAGAGUUUGAAUGCCAUAUCCUUAUUGGAAGAUCCUAUAGUAGUGCUAUUGUCCGUUAUGGUAAUUGAGUUCUUAUUGUUAAUUUGUGUGCCAGGCAGGUCCUAGGCACCUUAAGAUGGCUCUAAUUUAGGCUAUUUACUUAUGGUGCUUUCUCUUUAUGAAACGCCUGACGGUCGCAUAACUAACGAUCGAAACGGUCGCGUUAGUAUUAUUAUAUUGCUCCCCAAGUAGUUUAGCCCAAUUAAUAGAGAAAUUGUUUUGGCUGUUGAUUAGCGAAUUAAUAUAGUAAAUGUCUUUGCCAUUACAUUGCCAUUCGGUCUAUAACGAAUUAGUUCCUUUUAUAAUUUUGUAAAUAUUAACGAAUUUAUUUAUUGUAUGCAGGCAUCUACAGGCGUUACAUUUGAAAUUUUCCGAUAAUCCUAGUCAAGGUCCCAACUUAUUUAUUUCUUGAUUACUGUAUUUUCUUUGAUGUUUGGGCGAUUGGACGAAAAUUUACAGUGGAGCUUUGCAAAUCUUGACGACAUGAUAUCUGUUAAAAGAUGUUAUUUAUUCCUGACAUUAAGUCAAUUUCGUCUGCGUGUUUUUUAAAACCGUAAGAUUUGCGAUGUUCAUGCCUUACUCAAAGUAAUGUUUUAUUUGUAUUAAUUAAUUUAGAUUAUAAUACUUGACUUC